GGUUGGUUCGGUUUUGAGAUACCGCGAACUAAAGGAGGAGGUUGUCCUUGUCGACGCAGGACGCCCUAAGUCCUCUCUUUGUUCCUCUUUCCUCCAUCAAUCUUCAAUCACUCUUAAGAAAAAGUAUCUUCCUUUCGUCGAAUUUUCUAUAAACUGAGCUUUCGUGGGCGCCAGAAUCAUGCUCUUCCAUAGGCUAUCAAGAUUAGGCUCUCGCAUUGUUAAGCAGCUUCCUAGAGAGAGGCAUUUGUCAGUAUGUGGGAUGCGGGUUUUACAAAGGUCUUAUGCUCAAUAUCUGCAAUCUUCUUCGGCUGUUGUACUACAGAGGCAACCUCAGCAAGCUUUUUUCUCAAACAAUAAUCAUCAUCGGUGUACAUCGUUCAGCACUGUCUCUGAAACAGAAAAGAUAAACGUUAUCUUUGUUGAUAAAGAUGGAGAGGAGAUUCAUAUUAAGGUCCCAGUUGGAAUGAACAUCCUUGAAGCUGCUCAUGAAAACGAUAUCGAACUCGAAGGGGCUUGUGAAUGUUCUCUAGCCUGUUCCACGUGCCAUGUGAUUGUUAUGGACACGGAGUACUACAACAAACUGGAAGAACCAACAGAUGAAGAGAAUGAUAUGCUGGAUCUUGCUUUUGGGUUAACAGAAACGUCGCGAUUGGGAUGUCAAGUCAUAGCAAAACCAGAGCUAGAUGGAAUACGCUUAGCCAUUCCUUCAGCCACUAGGAAUUUUGCAGUUGAUGGAUUCGUUCCAAAACCUCACUAAGCCACUUCGAAGUGUUCUCACAGGGAGGGGAGUAUUCUAUUAGUUGAGUUACUUGAGUUGAAAGAGUUUUCGAGUUUACACACUUGUUUAAAAUCAGAAACACCAUACUACAAUAAAACCUUGGGAAGUUGUAACUCAGAAGUCAGAAGGUUCUUUCUAGCAGCAUUCUUAUUGUAUGUUUUGAUUUUGUUACAAACAUGAAGAAGUUCUCUUUUAGCAAACCCAAACAGUAAUAUUUAAAGGUCAAUUAUUCAAAUAACAA